CUAGCCAAAAGUUUCUGGUUUAUGAGUAAAAUUCCAUUGGUGGAUACGAACAUAGCUGCUUAACUACUUGUUAAAAGAUUAUUUACAUUGGUGCAUACGGGCAUUAAACGGUGCGUUAUAGCCAGCAGCGUCGCAUAAUAGUCCAGAAGGAACAUUUUCCAAUGUAAGAAACAAUCCAAUGCGAUACAGAAACACGGUGCGUCAGCUACUUUGCUUACACCUCUCUAGCUGUUUAAAACUGGUCUGACACGGAUAGAUCUUUUUUCGUACACAACCCAAGCGCAGCGUACGUAACGAUGCACCUUGUUGGCGGCGUGCAUUUCUGAGGAGGCUCCGCACCGAGUUCGCACUCUACUACGCAAGGCAAGAAAGAUAUUCAGACGGACCGUAGUAUAGAUUCAACCGGGUUUACGGACGUUUGGUCAGCGGUCCUUCGAACCGAACACUGAGCAGUAACACACCGUUACGGCCACGGCGUCGAUUAGUAUAUUCCACAUUACAUUCUUGCAGUCUUGCCCUGGGCGUAUCGUCAGUGAAUUUCUGGUUUUUUGUGAAUGAAAAGCGCCCCAAAAAUCGCGCAAAAGUGACGGAAUUUCUUUAUUGUUUCGUGUCAGUUUGGGUGUCGGACUUUCUGGCGCCCCUUUUCGUGGGCUGUGCGGAGGUGACGGCCAAGAUCUGCCAGUUUGUCUAAGACUCGACUGGACAGGAACCACUGCAAAGUAUAGGGAUCAACUAAACAGGCAAUGAAGGCGCGUUAGCUGGGACUAUGGGACCGCCGGAAUGGGCAUGCGUACAGACCCUCGGGCCAAGUCUCGUCCACUGACAUUCGCGGGUUACCUCACUCACUACCUCCUACUGACAGCUGCCGUUUUCUUACUUCUUUCAUUAGUGACAGUUUCAGGGAACUCGAUCCAGGAUGCUGUCCACAUCACAGCAAUUCUUGGCGAGUCCGUCGUGUUCAACUGUCACGUGGAAUUCCCCGAAGGACACCCGGUACCGUAUGUGUUGCAAUGGGAGAAGAAGGUAGGCGAUACGAAGAGCCGUACCUUGAUUGAGUACUUUUUAAAGGGACAGGACAUACCGAUUUACAUUUGGUAUGAAAGUUACCCUACUCAUAGCGGCGAGGGGUACGAGGGACGGGUGUCGAGGGUAUCUCCAGACUCACCAUACGGCGCGGCCUCACUCAACCUUACGAAUAUUAGGGAGUCGGAUCAAGGAUGGUACGAAUGCAAAGUGGUUUUCCUCAACCGAUCGCCGAAUCAACACAAGAACGGCACUUGGUUUCACUUGGACGUGCACGCGCCCCCCAGGUAUGUAGUGACGCCUGAAGACGUCAUCUACGUCAACCUGGGGGACGCAAUUAUUUUGAACUGCCAAGCUGAAGGCACUCCUACGCCUGAAAUUUUGUGGUACAAAGACGCAAAUCCAGUCGAACCUUCUGGAACUAUAGGAAUCUUCAACGACGGAACAGAGUUGCGCAUUUCUAAUAUCAGACACGAAGACAUCGGGGAUUACACCUGCAUAGCCCGAAACGGUGAAGGUCAAAUAUCCCAUACGGCCAGGGUUAUCAUCGCUGGAGGUGCCGUGAUCAUGGUGCCGCCGACGAAUCAAACCAAACUGGAGGGGGAUAAGGUUCAAUUCAAUUGCGAGGCAAAGGCCCAACCAGGCAACGUCACCGUCAAAUGGUUUCGGGAAGGUGCUCCCGUAAAAGAGCUCGCGUCUCUGGAAACCCGCGUGACCAUCAGAAGGGAUGGUUCUUUAGUAAUUAACCCCGUCAGUUCGGACGAUUCUGGCCAGUACUUGUGCGAAGUAAGCAAUGGUAUCGGAGAACCUCAGUCCGCUUCGGCCUACUUAAACGUUGAAUACCCCGCUAAAGUCACAUUUACACCCACAGUUCAAUAUUUACCCUUUCGACUGGCCGGCGUGGUGCAGUGUUACAUCAAAGCGAAUCCUCCGCUCCAAUACGUCACAUGGACGAAGGACAAGCGCCUCCUUGAACCCUAUCAGACAAAGGACAUUGUUAUAAUGAACAACGGAUCGUUGUUGUUCACCAGGGUCAACGAAAACCAUCAGGGCCGUUAUACGUGUACCCCGUACAAUGCUCAAGGAACGCAGGGAAGUUCCGGGCAAAUGGAAGUGCUUGUGAGAAAGCCGCCGGUAUUCACCAUCGAACCGGAAGCGAUGUAUCAAAGGAAAGUAGGCGAAACUGUGGAAAUGCAUUGCGACGCGGUCGAAGCUGAGGGAACUCAGAAGCCGACCAUACAGUGGCAACGGCGUGAUGGUGCACCUUUGCCCAAAAAUCGGGUGAAGAUUAUCGGCGGCAACAUCACAAUCGAUAGUCUGCGCCGGUCUGACUUCGGAUUCUAUCAAUGCGCAGCCACGAACGAAGUAGCUACCAUAGUGACGGCUUCUCAGCUAGUUGUAGAGGGUACCCAGCCCCACGCCCCGUACAAUCUCACGGCUACGGCUACGGAAUUCUCCGUUACUCUGAGCUGGAUGCCAGGUUACAGCGGUGGUCCGGAUUACAAACAGGAUUACACGAUCUGGUACAGGGAACACGGAGCGCCCGAUUGGCAGACCAUCCCCGUAACACCGUCGGGAAGUACCCAGGUGACCAUCAACAGACUGGCGCCAGGUACUACGUACGAGUUCCAGGUGAUCGGCAAAAACGCCCUCGGGGACGGCAUGAUGAGCAACAUAAUUACCGUUAGAACUGUGGACGUCGGAUUGCCACAUAAAGUUCAAAUGACCCCCACGCCCUUUCUAACUCCAAACGAUGAUUCGGGUCCAAAACCCGGCGUUCCCAGAAACCUCACGGUAACCGAAAUCAGCAACGGAUUCCUCAUAUCGUGGAUGCCGCCUCUGGAUAGAGCUAACCUUAUACAACACUACGUAAUCAAAUAUAGAACUGACGGUCCCUGGAAAACGUUAAACAAGGCUCAGAUACGACCGGAAGAUACACAAUAUUUAGUGAAAAACCUGGUCGGUGGGCGAACAUAUUACUUCCGCAUUUUCGCGUUCUCGGACGAGAACAAAUACGAAACCAGUGACGAAGUAAAAUUCCCGGUUCCUGCCCGGGUCAAGCAUAAAGCUAUCACGGCGGGCGUGGUGGGCGGAAUUUUGUUUUUUAUCGUGGCGAUCAUACUGUCCGUAUGCGCCGUCAAAAUAUGCAACAAGAGGAAAAGGCGGAAACAGGAAAAAGCUUACAACAUGGUGGCCUGUAGAAUAACUGACUCAAGGAAUGGGGGAAACGCCUCUGACAGUCAAGUGCCUUUGAAAAAACUUAGAAAAGGCAGAAUACCAGGUUUAAGCAUAUUAGCGUUCGUCGCCAACUGGAUCUGGCCACGAGACCGAUGCCGGUCGGGAAGCCUGUCCAGUUUAACCUGGCAUCCGGACUACUUCCACUCUGGCUCGCCGUCCAAAUCGUUGGCCCGCAUCUCGAGGGCGGCCGACGGUCGAUUCAUUUUGGUCGAUUCCACUCUGGCCGCGCGACCCGAGACCCCAUCGAACGCCAGCAGCAGCGACGACGGAGGUUUUCUGCCCACCAGGAGGGGCAACACCAGGAACCGCGCUUCAUGGCGCCGACCCCUAGUCGGCUAUCCGAGUCAGCUCAGUUUGAGAUCGGACGCAUCCGGUCAAUCUGCCACCGACGUCACGGCAUUUUUCUUAACCCAUCCUCGUUUCCAACCGGCCGUGCCGGUAAUAUAUAGCCCCGCCACGCCUAACGUUCAAUCCAGCUCCCCAACGCGACACGGCUUGCUGUUAUCGCCGUGGAAUCCCUUGUACUUUAGUGAUUUGAGUUCCGUGCGAUAUCCGAGCUCGGGAGAACGCUCGUAUCCCACCCCGCCGGGUUACAGACAACUGAGGUCGGUGCACGAAAGGUACUCGCAGGAGCUUCCCCCUCUGCGCGCGAUACACGAAGAGCAUCAAGGGUUCGUCCCGGUCCAGCCGGUCCUGGACAGUCCGAGACCGGCACCCCAAUUCAGGGGCAGGAGUAUACGCUUGCUUCCCCCUCGACACGCCCGUCUCGCCAGGAGCGCCCCCGAAUUGGACCACCUCGAUCGAUCGCCGGAAAGCCGCUCCAGUUCGAGCGGGUUCGGAAGCAAGAACACCUCCUCGCAACAGAAUCAAAGCUCGCAGAGCGGGAGCACUUUUAUAGAGUGGAGGCUGCCGCCGUAUCGGCCCCCGCCGCCCGCUCCCGUCGCUUCCAUCUUGCCGCCCCCGCCCCCGCCCUUAGUAGGGCAUUGGCUAGAGCUCGCUUCUUCGUCACCCUCCGCAUCCGAAUACCUCCACAAGGCCGUCGACGUAGGUAGCGUGGACGGUCAUUACGAAUUCGAUCCGAGCACACCUACACCAACCCCUUCGACGCCCACGGGGUCCAGGGAUAUCGAUUUGGACACGGGGCUCGGACCUCCGCAGAGGAAGAGCUUCGCGCUGAGAAGUCGGUACGACAACAUCGACGCCAGGGUGCAAGCUAUGAAGGAGGAGUUUAACGAGUUUAGGAAGAGACAGGCGAAUCGAAGGCGAAGCCACGAACUCGAAAGUGCCUGUUAGUGCGACGCGCGCGGCG